CGUCUAUUAAACAUAAAUGACCUCAAGAAGACACAAAAUUGAAAUUAUUACCAAAUUAACGAAUUGUAUCGAAGCACUUUAUAUUAUUAAUGCAUACCAAAUCGGAAUUCAUAGGUUAGUAAAAAAAACACACACACAAUAUUGAGAUUACCAAUCAGCAGAUAAAGUUUUAAACUAAAGUAAAAUAGUUUCAUAUUCGUUUAAUUCAGUACUAUUGAUAGCUUAAAAACAUGGAGUUCCUUCUAAUUGUGUUGGUAUCAAUUUUAUUAUGUAGACAUGUUUAUGCAAAUUAUGAGUCGCUAUCGCAACAAAGUUUAGAACCGCAAAAACUUCUUACGACUUUAAAAACACUACCUAAAGAAUAUGUGAUAGCAUUUGAAGUUUUUUUAACUUCUUCUAAUUCUACUUAUUGGACUAACAUCGUUCAUUUUACAAUAGGAGGUGAUUAUAGAAAUUAUGGAGAUAGAACUCCAAGCAUUUCUUUUAAAGCUAAAGAGAUUCAAGUUUGUUCAUCUGUAAAUGGAAACAAUCUUUUUUGCGUGUACUCAAAAACACUAGAGCUUAUGAAGUGGAUAAAGGUCAAAGUAAGUCAGUUACUAGAAAAUGGCAACUACAAUCAUACCGUUCAAAUAGAUCAGGAGACUGUUUCAACAUGUAUAAAUACUCAGCCACAAGAGUUCACAAAGGUUAAAAUAUUUGCAAGCAAUCCGUGGGUUCCUUCGCAACCUGGCUACAUAAGGAACCUCGUUGUAACAUAUGCUUGCUCAGAAAGUGAUACAAACUUCAAACCUCCUUUAAACGUGUUGUUUCAUGGAACAUUGUUCGAAAAUAUGCUAAAUCUGACACUUCAAAUAAGGUACAUGAAAGAUUCUUGUGAGUUAGCAGUGAACGUAACAUGGCAAUAUUUCUUACCAAUAUUUCUGAAAUUUGAGAGUGACUCAGCAGCAAGCAGUUUUGAAAAAGUUGAUUUGGGCAACCUAAAGUAUAUGAUUCUUCACAGGUUAAACAGUAAUGGAGCAAAUCAUACUAUUGUUACAGAACUUCUUAACACUAGCUGCACAUCUGGUAUAUACUCUGUUGAUGUUUCAAUGAAGUUAUCUUUUCAAAAUUCAUGUGGAAACUCUUGGUCAUUAUAUCAAACAGUAAAAAAAAAUAUAUCCGAAAACUGUAAAGAAAUGAUUUCACCUCAAAAAUAUCUACAAAAAAUUUAUCAAUCAGAAUACUAUCGACGUGGUAUAUAUUGGAAUAAUGAAAGUUCUCGUUUAUACCUAUGUAGAAACCAAAAUGUUCCCAGUGAAAAAACAGCUUGCUACUUUACAGAAGAUAACGGUGCGUCAUGGAAAGGCAUGGAUGUACGCAUAGGUUGUAUUUUGGGUCAUCACACUUCAACAAGAGAACUAUAUGCUAUACAUAAAAAUCAGAUAACGUAUUUAGUGUAUCACAGUACAUUUAAAAAAUGGCUAGCUGUAACUGAUAAUGAUUUUAAAACAAAAAUUUCAAGCAAUUUAAAUUGGAAUUUAUUAAAAAUUAUUGAAAAUGAUUAUGAUCAAAUCGUAACGUUUGGAACAAACCAAUGGAUGGGAAACAUUGAUGGUUUGUUUUUCAAAGAUGUUUCAAAUAAUAUUUGGGUUCAACGAUUUAGAUGGUAUGUUUAAAGGCAAAAAUAGAUAUCUUACAUAUAUGGCUUAUCUUUAGCUUAAUACUCAAUGCUACAAUGGCAAUUGUCUAAAAUAUCUAUUUACAACUACACAAUCAAUCAUCAAUUAUAUAUAUUGUGAAAAAAGUUAUUUCAAGCAUAUUUACAAACAUUAUUAUUGCUAAUCUUGUGAAAAUACC